CCUCCUUUUUUCUUUCUUUGUACUCUCUCUCCCCUCACCGCCGCCCCCUUCGUCCCUGAUGGCUCCAGCGGGCGGACGAGAGUCCUCCGCCGGGGACGGUGGUGGAGGAGGACGGAAGGCCGAGGCGGCGGAGGAAGAGUGGAGGGCGCGGAGGGAGUCGAUCCCACCGUACAUGAGGGCGGUGUCGGGGUCCCUGGGGGGGGUCGUGGAGGCGUGCUGCCUGCAGCCGAUCGACGUGAUCAAGACGCGGCUGCAGCUGGACCGGUCCGGGAACUACCGGGGGAUCGCGCAUUGCGGGGCGACGGUGGUGCGGACGGAGGGGGUACGGGCGCUCUGGAAGGGGCUCACCCCCUUCGCCACCCACCUCACCCUCAAGUACGCCCUCCGCAUGGGCUCCAACGCCCUCUUCCAGUCUGCCUUCAAGGACUCCUCCACCGGUCACCUCUCCAACCGCGGCCGCGUCCUCUCCGGCUUCGGCGCUGGUGUCCUCGAGGCCCUCGUCAUCGUCACCCCCUUUGAGGUGGUUAAGAUCAGAUUGCAACAGCAAAAAGGUUUGAGCCGUGAGCUUUUAAAGUACAAGGGUCCUAUACACUGUGCAAGGAUGAUCAUUCAUGAAGAAGGCAUUUUUGGGCUCUGGGCAGGAGCAGCACCCACUGUUAUGCGUAAUGGAACAAACCAAGCUGCGAUGUUCACAGCCAAGAAUGCAUUUGAUAUCAUUCUUUGGAAGAAACAUGAAGGGGAUGGAAGAGUGCUUCAGCCAUGGCAGUCUAUGAUUUCUGGGUUCCUGGCAGGGACUGUAGGUCCUGUCUGUACAGGGCCCUUUGAUGUUGUUAAGACAAGAUUAAUGGCCCAAAGCAGAUCAGGUGGUGAGGUCAAAUACAAAGGCAUGAUCCAUGCAAUUAGAACAAUAUUUGCGGAAGAGGGACUGCUUGCUCUUUGGAAAGGGUUGCUUCCUAGGCUUAUGAGGAUUCCGCCUGGGCAGGCUAUAAUGUGGGCUGUUGCUGAUCAAGUGACCGGACUCUAUGAAAGAAGAUACCUACAGAACGCUCACUUAUGAAUUUUUUUUUUACUAAUCCGGCAUCAUCAGAAUUCAAGAAUAAAAAUAUUUUUUCCCUUUUCCUUUCAAAAGCCUUGCUGGGCUUACCCUCUUGAUCAGGGAUAAGGGGUAGGCUGAGGGUUAAAAAUUACAUUUGUUAUUUAGGCAAACUUGUCAGUCUUCUCAAUGCCAAGAUAACUGCUCAUAGAUGUAGCUGGAAUCUACCAGAUAUUGCUUGGCUUUCAGCAUCUGUUUACGUUGUGGUGGCAUCGGUGGCUUGCAUUUAAAUCAGUGCAGCUGUCUCACUACUAUAACUAGAGUUCUUUGCUCCAUGUUGUAGAAUUUCUUUAACAAGAUCUCUAUGUUCAGGUAUACCUUCACUGCUAUAGACAUGUAUUCGAUAAAUUGUGAUGAUGAUAAAAUUUUUUUGGGUAAGCUA